AUGGCGUCCUAUCUAGUCACCGGAAGCUCCCGAGGGAUUGGCCUCGAGUUAACUCGCCAGCUAGCGGAAAGGCCCGAGCAUGAGGUCGGCGUGGUCUUCGCUUCUGCGCGAUCUUCCAACACGCCCAAGUUCCAGCAGCUCCUCCAGCAAUUCAAAGACCGGGUGCUGUAUGUCCCCUUGGACGUUACCGACCGGCAAAGCGCGCAAGAUGCCGCGACUCUCGUUACCAAUGCCUUGAACGGCCGGGGACUGGAUGUACUCAUCAACAAUGCGGGCGUCAUGAAUUACAGCCCUAUUGAGGAGAUGGAUGACCUGGAAGAGACUUUCCGGGUCAAUGUGGCUGGAGUGCAUAAUGUCAUCCGGGAAUUCUUGCCUCUUCUGAGGAAGGGGGACCAGAAAAAGAUCCUCAACAUCUCGACGAGUCUCGGGUCUAUCACCAAGCAGCCCGUCUACAAAUCGUCGCUGGUUCCCUCCUACAAGGUUACCAAGGCUGCAUUGAACAUGCUCACAGUUGCCUACUCCCAAAGUCUUGAAGAGGAAGGAUUCUCGGUUUUCUGCGUUAGUCCAGGAUGGUGCAAAACUGAUUUGGGCAGCGACAUGGCUGAUCUUCCAGUUGAAACGGGAGUUGCGGCGGUCCUCAGGGUUCUUCAAAGGGUUGGAUGCGAGGGAAACGGGAAAUUCUUCAAUAUCCACAUUCCUGGAUGGGAGGAAAAUCCGGGGAUGAAUCAGUAUGAUGGAAAGGAAUUACCUUGGUGA